AUGAAUGAACAACCUACAACUCCCCAGCCCCGGGACGUUUUCAACAGCUCAAACCGGGAUCAAUGGAAAGCAGCACUGGUGACCCCACGGCCGGUGUUGAUCCACUUGAAUGCCGACACGACAUGGCUACUCCAGAUUCCGUACCCUCAUGGUGCCGAGAAUCCAUCUGGACGAUCACAUUUCAACAUACUGAUUGAUCCAUGGCUACAAGGGCCCCAGUCAGAUGUGGCGUCCUGGUUCUCUACACAGUGGCACGUCGUAGAGCCUAGCGUGGCCACCAUAGCUGAAUUAAAUAAAGUCCUAGGCGAGCUCGACGAGGCUGCGAACAUGUCGCGAAAUGAUUCGAGUUCCAGCAAGGCUGUACUAUCAACGGACAGAGAUGACAAGACAAGAGCAAGCAGUUGGUUUAUCGACGCAGUGGUCAUCUCACACGAGUUCACCGACCAUUGCCACCGGGCAACCCUGGAGGAGCUACCCAAGAGCACCCCAGUGAUCGCAGGGGAUGAAGCCGCAAAGCUGAUCGAAUCAUGGGAUCACUUUGACGAGGUCAUCGCGACACCUCCCUACUCGAGCGAGUCGGCAUCAUGGCAGGAGGCGAUGGCGGACUGUUAUCCCCUGCUCCCCAAGUGGCUGGGCAUCGGGCGAGUCGUGACAGCUGGCAAUGCGCUCUACUACCACUCGGCGGUGAUGAUUGCUUUUGGCUCAGAGACGCAAGCCGAAGCGGUUCUGUAUUCGCCACACGGCAUCGAAGCUCAAGAUCUCGCAUUCCUCCCACAGUCAGGGCUGAAGACGCUGGCGCUGCUGCACGGACUACAUGACGUUCGGAUAUGGAUGACCAAACAACUCAACUUGGGUGCGCUUAACGGGCUCCGUGCCGUCAGGGCCUGUGGUGCCAAAUACUGGGUUGCAACGCACGACGAGGUCAAGCGCGGGGGAGGCUUGAUCAGUUGGAUGCUGCAGAGGACAGUGUAUUCCCUCAAAGAUGCAGUCAAGGCAGAGGAGGCGAGGAUCAAGGCAGAUGCUGAUCAAGAGGACGUAGGGAGUUAUCGGUUCCUCGAGCUGGGAUCGGGCGGAGCGAUUGUCCUGGCGUAA